UUCAAGUCAUAUAAACAAAUGAUUUGUUGUUUGUUUGAAAAAUAAAUAUACAAUUUAAAAAUACUUGCAUAAAAAACAACAAUGGAGGCUAAUGCCGAGGAAGAGGUUAGCAAUCAAGAUCCUUUACCACUUGAACGAUCAGGAGUCGUCAGGGAAAUAGGCAAUCAAGCUGUAUGGAGUUUGUCAUCCUGCAAACCAGGGUUUGGCGUUGAACGUCUGCGCGAUAAUACAAUUGACACCUAUUGGCAAUCAGAUGGUCAACUUCCACAUCUUGUCAAUGUACAGUUUCAUAGGAAAACUCGUAUUAGUGCUGUUUAUUUGUAUGCUGACUACAAAUUAGAUGAAAGCUACACGCCCUCACGUAUUUCGCUGCGAACUGGCUCCAAUUUCAACGACUUACAAGAGUUGCAAAAUCAAGAACUUUUCGAACCAACAGGAUGGACUGCUAUACAUGUGGAAAAUGGUAAAUCUCGCCCUGUUCGUAUAUAUAUGUUACAAAUUGCGAUUGUGGCAAAUCAUCAGAACGGUAGAGACACUCACUUGCGACAAAUACGCAUACACGCACCAGUCGAAAAUUCGAAAGAGAAAUUUACUUCGAUCACUUUUAAGAAAUACGAUAAUAUAAGAUAAGGAGUUUUCUGUAAUAAGUAAGAAUAUAAUAAUUUAAAUUAUUGUAUAA